AAAAGAAAACAAGAGGCCCCAGAGGGAAAAGAAGCCCAAAGUUUUAAAGGCAAAUUUUGACAACAAACCAGUAAAUGGCCCCAAGUCAGAAUCCAUGGAAUACAGUAAAUGCCAUGGGGACCAACAGAGAUUGGAAUUAAACCCACCUCCCCUUGAAAAUGUAACUAAAAAUGAAGAAAGUAUGACAGGUAUUGAAGUGGAGAAGUGGACGCAAAAUAAGAAAUCACAUUUAACCGAUCAUGUCAAAGGAGAAUUUAAGGCAAUUGUGACUGAAGCUGAAAAAUUGAAAAACUCUGAAGAUGACAAGAAGAAAGUCCUACUCACCGAGUUACCAGAACCUCAGAAAUUGUUUGCACAAACUGUAAGAAAUGGCAUUAAAAAUGUACACUAUUUACCAACCGAGACCAACGUGUGUUUUAAAAAAUUCAGUAUUGAAGAAUUUGGCAAGGCAUUUGAAAACAACUCCUAUAAAUUCCUGAAAGACACUGCCAACCAUAAUGCCAUGAGCUCCAUUGCCACUAAUGCGAGCUGUGAUCAUCUCAAGGGGAGAAGUAAUGUUUCAGUCUUCCAGAAGCCCAGCUUUAACUGCAAGUCUAUCCCAGAUCCAGCAAAUUUCAACCUAAAUAGUCAUACUAGUACACACAAUGAAAGUGAUCAACCCAAAUCUCUAGAAAAUAUACCAAGUAAAGAAUCAAAAGAUGGAUCUCCAGUUCAACCAAGUCUUCUAUCCCUGAUGAAAGAUAGGAGAUUAACAUUGGAGCAAGUGGUGGCCAUAGAAGCUCUGACCCAACUAUCAGAAGCUCCAUCCGAAAAUUCUUCACCAUCAAAGUCUGAGAAGGAUGAAGAUACAGAGCACAGAACAGCGAGUUUGCUUAAUAGCUGUAAAGCUAUCCUUUAUUCGGUAAAAAAAGACCUUCAAGACCCAACCUUACAAGGGGAGCCAGAAAGCCUUCAUCACUAUCCAUCUUUGGAAAAGCAAAGUUCAUGCAGCACGGUGGUAUUUAAUGGCCAAAAUAUUUCCAAAUCACACAACAACUCAGCUGCUAACCAAGCAUCUACAAAGUCACAGGAAUAUUCAAAAGUCACAAAUUCAGGAUCUCUUUUCAUACCAAAUCCAAAUUCGUCUAAAAUUGACACCAAUAAAAAUGUUGCUCAAGCUAGAAUUACCCUUGAGGGUUCUAAGAAUUUGCAUCAGUUGCCACCAACAAGUGAUAAAUUGGGGUAUUGUAACCAGUCACUGGCCAGCAGUAAACAGAUAGAUUCAAAAGAUGAUCCAUCGUGUCAAGAUACAGUUCAUAGUAAAAUAGAGGAAGAUGUUGCAACACAGUUAACACAACUUGCAUCAAUAAUUAAAUUCAAUUAUAUAAAACAAGAGGACAAAAAGGUUGAAAGUACAUCAACAAAUCUUGUUGCAUAUAAUGUGCAGCAAAAAUGCAGUCAGGAGAAAAUCACAGUACAACAGAAACCACCUUCCAGUGUACAAAACAAUCAUAGCUCAUCAUUAACAAAGCACAAGAACACGACACAGAAAAAGACAAAAUCUACCCCAUCAAGAGAUCGGCGGAAAAAGAAGCCUGUAGUCCUAACUGGUCAAGAUAAUGACCAGAAAAAGAGGGAACAGCUGUCAUAUGAGUACAGUAAGUUACAUGACAUUUGGAUAGCAUCUAAAUUUCAAAGAUUUGGUCAAUUCGGUCCACAUGAUUUUCCCAUUCUGUUAGGAAAAAUUCCUCCCCUAACCAAAGUAUGGAAACCACUGACUCAAACGACUUCAGCAUUAGAACACAAAAAAUUAUUUCCUCCACUCACUCAGAUAAAAUUUGAGCGAUAUUAUCCCGAAUUAGCACAGGAAAAAACCAUGAAGGUUGAACCUUUGGAUUCUCUCCCAUUAUUCCAGUUAAAAACAGAAUCCAGUGGGCAGGCGUUUACAGAAAAAGUUUAUAAUUCUCAGGUACAGCCAUCCGUGAAUGUCAAUCAGAAAGCUCAUCCUUUACUCCAGGCCUCCUCUCCAACUAACCAGUGUGCUAAUGUAAUGGCUGGCGAAGACCAAACACCAUUCCAGCAGGAUGUUAAAGACCAAGUCAUGCAUCAGAGACUGCCGACAUUGCCUGGUAUCUCUCAUGAGACCCCCCUACCAGACCCAGCACAAAUUCUCAGGAAUGUAAACGUAGUGUGUUCAGGUGGAAUUACAGUGGUUUCUACCAAAAGUGAAGAGGAUGUCUGUUCAUCCAGUGUUGGAGCAUCAGAAUUUUCCCCAGUAGACAGUGCACAGAAAAGUUUUAAUGAUUAUGCCAUGAACUUCUUUACCAAUCCUACAAAAAACCUGGUGUCCACAACGAAAGAUUCUGAUUUGCCAACCUGCAACUGUCUUGAUCGAGUUAUACAAAAAGACAAAGGCCCAUAUUAUACACACCUUGGGGCAGGACCAAGUGUUGCUGCUAUCAGGGAAAUCAUGGAGAAUAGGUAUGGUCAAAAAGGAAACGCAAUAAGGAUAGAAAUUGUAGUGUACACGGGAAAAGAAGGAAAAAGCUCUCAUGGGUGUCCAAUUGCUAAGUGGGUUUUAAGAAGAGGCAGCGAUGAAGAAAAAGUUCUCUGUUUGGUUCGGCAGCGCACAGGCCACCAUUGUCCAACAGCUGUGAUGGUGGUCCUCAUCAUGGUGUGGGACGGCAUCCCUCUCCCCAUGGCCGACAGACUGUAUACAGAGCUCACUGAAAAUCUGAAGUCCUACAAUGGUCAUCCCACAGACCGAAGAUGCACGCUCAAUGAAAAUCGUACCUGUACAUGUCAAGGAAUUGAUCCAGAGACUUGUGGAGCUUCCUUCUCUUUUGGUUGUUCCUGGAGUAUGUAUUUCAAUGGAUGUAAAUUUGGUAGAAGCCCAAGCCCUAGAAGAUUUAGAAUUGAUCCAAGCUCUCCCUUACACAACUACUAUGAAAGAAUUACUAAAGGACGUAAUCCAGAAAGAAGAUAUAUGAAACCGGAACCAAUCUGUCCGGGACACGAGGCCAUGGAAAAAAACCUUGAAGAUAAUUUACAGAGUUUGGCUACACGAUUAGCUCCAAUUUAUAAGCAGUAUGCUCCAGUUGCUUACCAAAACCAGGUAGAAUAUGAACAUGUUGCCCGAGAAUGUCGGCUUGGCAGCAAAGAGGGUCGUCCUUUCUCUGGGGUCACUGCUUGCCUAGACUUCUGUGCCCAUCCCCACAGGGACAUUCACAACAUGAAUAAUGGAAGCACUGUGGUUUGUACUUUAACACGAGAGGAUAAUCGCUCCUUGGGGGUUAUUCCUCAAGAUGAGCAGCUGCAUGUGCUACCGCUCUACAAACUCUCAGACACAGAUGAGUUUGGCUCUAGUGAAGGAAUGGAAGCCAAGAUCAAAUCUGGGGCCAUCGAGGUGCUCACACCCCGCCGUAAAAAAAGAACACGUUUCACUCAGCCUGUUCCUCGUUCUGGGAAGAAAAGGGCAGCGAUGAUGACAGAAGUUCUUGCACAUAAGAUAAGAGCUGUGGAGAAGAAAUUCAUUCCUCGAAUCAAGCGGAAGAAUAACUCGACCACAAACAAUAGCAAGGCUUCAUCGCUGUCGCUUUUAGGGAAUAAAACCGAAGCCUUGCACCUUGAAAUAAAAAAUGAAACUGAACCCCAUUUUAUCUUCAAAGGUUCGGACAACACUAAAACCUACUCAUUGACCCCAUCCAUUCCUCACACAUGGAAAGAGGCUAACAUACCUCCAAGUCUCUCCUGGUCCCCUAAGACUGUGUCGGCCACAACAGCUCCUUUUAAGAACGAUGUGUCGUCAGUUUCGUACGGGUUUUCAGAAAGAAGUAGCAAUCCUCACUGCACAAUGCCUUCUGCGAGACACGGUGGUGCUAAUGCAGCUGCGGGGGAAGGCGCUGGAAUUGCACAGCCUGGUGAAGUGGUUCCUCUUCCCACCUUGUCUACUCCCAUGCCAGAUUCCUUGGUUUAUUCUGAGCCUCCCACUGGCCCAUCUGAACAGCUAUCUUCUAAUCAUCCAAACCAGCAACCCCCAUUCACCGCCUCUCCUCAUGACCUUGCGUCCUCUCUGGUGGAAGAAGAUGAGCCACACUCUGAAGCAGAUGAGCCUCUCUCAGAUGAUCCCCUCUCAGAUGACCCCCUGUCACCUGCUGAGGAGAAAUUGCCCCACAUUGAUGAGUACUGGUCAGACAGUGAGCACAUCUUCUUGGAUGCCAACAUUGGUGGGGUGGCUAUCGCGCCUGCUCAUGGCUCCGUUUUGAUCGAGUGUGCCCGGCGAGAGCUUCACGCAACGACUCCUGUCGAACACCCAAACCGGAAUCAUCCCACACGCCUCUCCCUUGUCUUCUACCAGCACAAAAACCUGAAUAAGCCCCAACAUGGUUUUGAACUAAACAAAAUGAAGUUUGAGGCUAAAGAAGCUAAGAAUAAGAAAACUAAGGCCUCAGAGCAGAAAGACCAGGCAGCUAAUGAGGGUCCUGAACUGUCCCCUGAAGUUAAUGAAUUGAACCAAAUUCCUUCUCAUAAAGCAUUAACAUUAACCCAUGACAAUAUUGUCACAGUGUCCCCCUAUGCUCUCACACAUGUUGCAGGGCCCUAUAACCAUUGGGUCUGAAAGCUUUUCUCCCCUUCUUAAUGCCUUUGCUAGUUUUGUGUAUUUUUUCAAGGUGCUGUUAAAAGAAAGUCAUGUUGUCGUUUACUUAUAUCUUCAUCUCACCCAUUUGAAGGCUGAGGUAAAACAAAAAAAAAACAAAAAUGGGGUGGGUAUUUCUUAACUGUGACUAUAUUUUGACAAUUGGUAGAAGGUGCACAUUUUAAGCAAAAAUAAAAGUUUUAUAGUUUUCAAUACAUAAAGAAAUGUUUUGGUUAGGUGUUAACCUUGAUAGAAUCACUCAGUUUGGUGCUUUAAAUUAAGUCUGUUUACUAUGAAACAAGAGUCAUUUUUAGAGGAUUUUAACAGGUUCAUGUGCUAUGAUGUAAAAUCAAGACACAGUGUUAACUCUACACAGCUCCUGGUGCUUACCCACAUCAACAGUUAAAAAUAAGCUGCAUUAUUUUUUCAUGGUGCCAUUGUUCCAACAUCUUCCAAUCAUUGCUAGAAAAUCGGCAUAUUCCUUUGAAAUAAACCAAUGAAAUGUUUUCUCUCAAAAUAUCUCUCCUGUAUAAAAUAAUUCAUUAUUGUUAAUAAUGGUUGGAGGCUGUUCAUAAAUUGUAAAUAUAUAUUUUAAAAGCACUUUCUAUUUUUAAAAGUAACUUGAAAUAGUAUAGUAUAAGAAUCCUAUUGUCUAUUGUUUAUGCAUAUUUGCAUACAAGAGAAAUCAUUUAUUGCUGUGUAGAGUUCCAUCUUGUUAACUGCAAUAUGUAUUCUAAUCAUGUAUAUGGUUUGUUGUGUUCUUUUUUUUUUAAUGUGUCCUCAUGCAAAUAUUAGCUACUUAUAAAAUAGUUAGAACAUGCAAAAAUUGUUCAUUUUCUCUAAAAUCGGAAUUAGGAAGCGUAUCACCGAUAUCGAUUAACGCUUUAUUUGGAGCUGAGUAAGAGUGCUCUCUUCUGAUUUAUCAAGCAACAGUGGCCCCAAUUUACUUUCCCUCCAGCUUUCUCAGUAUAAUCAUGAAAGGUUUUUCCAAAAGGAGAUGAAACAUAGUAGGAAUCAGUAGAGUCAAAUGCUUCUAAAGUUUCAAGGUGUUCAAAUAUAAAAAUAAAGUAGCAAAAACCCUACCCAUCCCAACUGCCUUAUUUGUUCUUAAAAUCAUUCUGGUACAGAAUAAGAAUAAAAUUCCCGUAGGAAUCUUUUAAAAAUAAAUUCCCUGUCAUCAUCACAUAUCCACACAUCCGAAACAGUAGGAAUGGUAUUGCCCAUUAAUACUAAUCCAAAGUAGUUGAUUUAAGCACAUUCGUUCUAGGAAAAUGAAAACUCAUCUUCUCUGAUAAUUGCCUAUGUUCUAGGUAACAGGAAAAUAGGCAUUCCAUUUAUGUUAGCCCUCCCAUUAUAUAUUCCCAUUAUUUUAUUGGCUCAUUUUAUAACAAAACAAAAAGGAUUGCCCGAGCAAAAUGUUUAGAACAAGAAAUUUCAAUGAAAUACUUGAUUCUGUUAAAAUGCAGAGGUGCUAUAACAUUCAAAGUGUCAGAUUCCUUGGGAGUGUGGAAAACCUAAUUAAUGGUGCUUCUCCCUUGGAAAUGCCAUAGGAAGCCCACAACUGCUAACACUCAACAAUUUUGGUGCAAAAGCAAACAGUUCCAGCAAGCUCUCUAAAAAAAACUCAUUGUAACUUAUAUUAAAAUAAUAUAUGGUGCAAAGUAUCAGUUUCAAGCUUUUGACUAAUACAAGUAAAGGAAUAUGAAGGGAUUGUAUAUAACAAAUAUCCAUUGGUAGACCAUCAUCUUGUACAAGUAGAUUUCUGCUUCUUGAAUAUGUAAAAUAGGGUGAUUCAUUGACUUGUUUUAGUAUUUUGUGUGCCUUAGAUUUCCGUUUUAAAACAUGUAUAUUUUUGUGAGCCUAAGGUCUCUUAUACAUAUAAGUAUAUAAAUAAGUGAUUGUUUAUUGUUUCUGCUGCUUCAAUAAGAUAUUUACUAGUAUUAGACUAUCAGGAAUACGCCCUUGUGAUAUUUCAUUUUAGAUAUUAGGCCUUAGCUCCCACUAGAAAUUAUUUCAUCACCAGAUUUAAUGGAUCAAGUUUUAACACCCUUUAUCCAUCCAUCCAUCCAUCUUCUUACCAUUCAACACUUACUAAAUGUCUGCAGAAUUUAAAUGUUAGCUUUUGAUUUUCUUUGAAUCGCCUCCCAUGACAAAGUAAACUUGAAGAAUUUAAAUCCUAAAAGAUGUUUUUAUCCAUGGUUUUCAAAGAAACAGCAAGUUUCCUUCAAAAGAAUCCAUUAUAAUAUAUCUGCAGAAAUUCCCAUCAGGGUCACUAACUGAAUAAGUUUCUUAACAACUGAACUUGAAGCUCCAGUGUUGACUUAGGGGAAUAUUGAAAAUUGUGAAGUUGGCUGCAGUUGCCCCAAAAACAUAUAUGAAAAUAUCCCUUCUCAACUAAAAUGUUUUCCAUUCCUUAUUAUAAUUCACACCAUCAAUAGCCUGCCUCAACCGAUAACCCCAUGGUGCGAACCACACGUGAUCCCUACUUUGUUGGACGUUACUUCAUAAGUUUAAAUUAGCAGUUUACCAUCCCUUUGUCUGCCCUGUGAUUUUUUUUUUUAACUCCUGCUUAUUCAAUGUUCUACAGCAUUGUGAUUGUAUGCUAGCAACACUGCUUUUAGACUGCUUUUAUGAAGCAAGGAAAUAAAUUUGUUUGAAAUGACAUUUUCACUCAGAAAACUGGUCAUCUAACAUUAUUUCUACACCUCUUAUGUUUUACUGUCACGAUCACCUUUUGCUUCCCCUCUCUUACAGCACUCAAAUUAAGUUUUUGAAUCUUCUGCCUUUGUUCAUGGUAUGAUAAUUGAAUUCAUUGAUACAUGAUCCCGGUGUUAACCCAACCUGUCCAUAAUAUGUUACAAACUUACUAACUGCAAUGAACUGCCUAUUUUAGAAUCCUACAAUAUAUCACUCUGCCCUUCAGACUCCCAUUUCUAAUGGCUCUCAGGCCAUGGUUGGAAAAAAAUGUUUUCUUCUGCUUAUCAGCCUCACCUGUAUCUUCCAAUCCAUCUACAAAGUACCAAGUACAUCAUGUCAUAGACCUAAUUGAAACAUAUUAUUGGAAAGUGAGGCUAGCUGAAAAUGUAUAGCUGUAGGUAAAUUUUUGCAAUAUGUUAGCAAAAUGUUUGCAGCUUACCCUUCUAACAUCUUUGUUAUGCAAUCUGCAUGUGAAAUAAUUUAAUUUGUUAAAUAUAGAAUUUCAACUAGAUGAAAUCCGUAAGCAAUUUGCUUAAGACAUAACCCCAGUACAUACUUAAUUGAAUGCAUACCCUUGUGUAAAUGAGAUAACAAUUCAUACGAAGUAACCUACUUUCUAAUGUUAUUGCUUCAGUGGAUUUGAAUGGACCAUCAUUUAUUCCACAAUAGCAUGUAUGAAAAUAACCCCAAACUACUUAAGUUUAUUCUUUAAGACAAAUUCUAUUCAGAUUUUUUUAUCUGGGACAAAGUUUUGACAUUGCAUGACAACUUCCACCUAUAGCGAGCACAGGACUUCCUUUGAAUGUGCUGAGUAAAUCAGUAGCUGUAUGUGACUUUUAAUAAUAUAUAGCUACCUUCUAUUUCACAACUUCUUGCUGCAUGGAAAUUUCUUUUUAGUCUAGAUUUAGUACAACUGUGAGUUUUGAUCUUCUGUACAAUUUUAUGACAAGAAUUGUGAAGUAAUAUGGUAGUGGCCUCUCAUAGCCCUGGAAGACACCUUAGAAGUCCUAUAGUUAAAUCACUGGGGCCUAAAGAGCAGA